AAAAAAAAGUGGAAACUUUCCCCCCUGUCCAUUCCAUCAAGUCCUGAAAUAUCAAAAUGGAUUUAGAGAAAAAUUACCCGACUCCUCGGACCGGCAGGACAGGACAUGGAGGAGUGAAUCAGCUUGGGGGGGUUUUUGUGAAUGGACGGCCACUCCCGGAUGUAGUCCGCCAAAGGAUAGUGGAACUUGCUCAUCAAGGUGUCAGGCCCUGCGACAUCUCCAGGCAACUUCGGGUCAGCCAUGGUUGUGUCAGCAAAAUUCUUGGCAGGUAUUAUGAGACAGGAAGCAUCAAGCCUGGGGUAAUUGGAGGAUCUAAACCAAAGGUUGCCACACCCAAAGUGGUGGAAAAAAUUGCUGAGUACAAACGCCAAAACCCCACCAUGUUUGCCUGGGAGAUCAGGGACCGGCUGCUGGCAGAGCGAGUAUGUGACAAUGACACAGUGCCCAGCGUCAGCUCCAUUAACAGGAUCAUCAGGACGAAAGUACAGCAGCCCCCCAACCAGCCAGUCCCAGCUUCCAGUCACAGCAUAGUGUCCACGGGCUCCGUGACACAAGUGUCGUCGGUGAGCACGGAUUCAGCUGGCUCUUCCUACUCCAUCAGUGGCAUCCUGGGUAUCACGUCCCCCAGUGCCGAUACCAAUAAGCGCAAGAGAGAUGAAGGUAUUCAGGAGUCUCCAGUGCCGAAUGGUCACUCACUUCCAGGCAGAGAUUUUCUCCGGAAGCAGAUGCGAGGAGACCUGUUCACGCAGCAGCAGCUGGAAGUGCUAGACCGAGUGUUUGAGAGACAGCACUACUCAGACAUCUUCACUACCACGGAGCCCAUCAAGCCUGAGCAGACCACUGAAUACUCAGCCAUGGCCUCGUUGGCUGGAGGGCUGGAUGACAUGAAGGCCAACCUGACCAGCCCCACCCCUGCUGACAUUGGGAGCAGUGUACCAGGUCCACAGUCCUACCCCAUUGUGACAGGCCGAGACUUGGCGAGCACGACCCUCCCCGGGUACCCUCCGCACGUCCCCCCCGCUGGACAGGGCAGCUACUCAGCACCUACGCUGACAGGGAUGGUGCCUGGGAGUGAGUUUUCUGGGAGUCCCUACAGCCAUCCCCAGUAUUCCUCGUACAAUGACUCCUGGAGGUUCCCCAACCCGGGGCUGCUUGGCUCUCCCUACUAUUACAGCGCUGCUGCCCGAGGAGCUGCCCCACCUGCAGCUGCCACUGCCUAUGACCGUCACUGA